GCUUAAUGUUUACGUCAUAUCCGGGUAUCCAUGGUAAGCGCUAACUAGAACAAAAUGUGAAACGUUUCUUCUAAAAUUUGCGUUUUGACUGGACUGUUGUUGUCAAGAGCUGUAGAUUCUGAAGCAUUUUGUCUUAAGCCAACGAGAUUUAUCCCGUAGUCUGCCUUAAGUGUUGCUUGUGGUCGUAAAAAUGAAGAAAAAGGGCACCACGGGGAAGAAGCGGCAUGUGGUGGCGUGGAUCAACAAAACGGAGUGGGACCAAGUGCUGGAAUAUCUGUACUCCAACGACACGAGCCUGCAAAAACACGCUCUGCACAGGAUCUCAGCGUGGAAGUCCCGUUAUGCCGACAACACCCCGGUGGCCGUAGAGUGUACUGCAGAUCUGGUGAGGUGUCAGGUGCUGGACAGGUGUGGGCAUCUGAAGGGCCAUGAGCUGGCUCUGCUCUAUGGCACCGCGAUGAUCCGAUUCAUCAACCUCAUCACAGAGAAACAGCAGGGACGAGUGGCACGGCCGCUCCGGAGACUCGCUGGUAAACUCAACAUCCCUGAGUGGAUUGUGGAUCUGCGACACAGCUUCACCCACAGAAAAAUGCCAAGUAUAAAGUGGUGUCGGAAAGGCUGUAAAACAGUUUUGGAUUGGCUUCAGCAGGAAUACUGGUCCAGACAACUCAGCGACGGUGACUGGGAUUCUCCAUCGGAUGCAGAGGAUGACGACACGUUUAAGGAUGAAAUCACGAGACAAAAAGAAAUGGAAAACUACAAGAAGGUUCGUGAGAUCCUGAUAUCCUAUGAAAAGGAACAGUACCAGGUUUUGGAAAUUGGUGGUGAGAAUAUGGAGAAAUGGCCGGCCCCUUUUGAAGACAUGGCCUGGAUCUUAGCAGAGAUUAAACAGUCUGCGUUGGAGUCUUCCGAUUUGCUAGUCGAUGUUUUGCUGGAAGAUGGAUUUCUGGUGCCAACAUUGGAGCAGCUUGAGACUUUAAACUGUGAUACGUUCAACAAUGCAAGUCCGCAAAUUCCACAGUCGUUCCUACGGUUUUGGCUGCCUCUCCUCAAGAUGCUAAACUCUCCCAUGUUUAUACAUUUAUUUCUCGAAAAGCUUUUUGCAGAGUUGAAACUACUCGGCAACGAACCGAACGACAACAGGGCGUACUUCAUCUCCGCCUGGAUCACCGAAGUUAUUUUGUGCAACAGCAAGAAAUCCGACUUCCAUUUUGAGACGAAGGGCCAACGAAAAGCACGUUUGAAAGACAGAAUUUUUGUCAGUAGAAUUCAGCUGAGAUGGCAACAGCUUCUCACUGCGUGCAUGGAGGCUCCUUCUGCUAGCACCCCACACUUGCUAAAGCUAAUCCUAAGUGAUAUGGAGCACCCUCUGCCCCUGGAAACCCAAGAAAAUUUGCUAACGCUUUGCUCGAUCUAUACUCAGCAAUCAGAACCAGCAUCGCCAAGAAAAGACCAGCCAAUUUACACUCUAGAAAGCCUGCAUGACAAGCUGCAAAAAUCCAAACAACGGCAAAAGAAUAUGGAACGGAGCAGUACCAAUCGGGAAAACAAGAUGUCUGAAAGCGACGCGGAAAAGGUUAGGUUGCUAAGAGGGUCGCCAUGGCAACUGUGUACCGAAAAUGUGAUUUGGAAAAACUAUCCUCUCGGCAAAGUUCCUGGACAGUCUGAUGAUCCUUCCUGUCUCAUGUUGGAAAAUUAUUCCUUAAUGGCAGUGUCGGAUCAGCCCAUGGAGCUGGAGUUACUGAAUCACAACAUCACAAAAAUGCCGCCUGCUUUGAAAUCUGAAGGACUGGUUUGGACAGCAACGGAUGUCGAAAAACUUAAGUCCGGAAUAAAGCUUUUCUGAAAUGUCACGGUGGAAUGCUGUGUUUCAGAUGCCCUCCCUUCCUCCUGAAUCCCUGUGUGUCAGAUGCCCUCCUUUCUUUUUGUAUCCCUGUGUGUCAGAUGCCCUCCCAUCUUCCUGCGUAUCUGUGUGUCAGUGCUUGUCAGCUUGAUAUAAAUAAGUAUGUUACACAUAUGUGGAUUUUUCUGGCUCCAGCUGCAUCUCCAUCUUGAGAGAUUUAUUCUUGUAAACUGUUCUGUUAUUAACUUCAUAAAAAAUAUUCUGUGUUACAAGUGGGAUUAAGGCACACACACAAAGCUUGUUUUUUGUCCAUUAAAAAGUACUUAAAAAUUAACAUGAACAUGACGGUCAAAAAUCUGUCUGCAAACUUGUCAAUAAUG